AUGUGUGGGAUUUGGGCCGUUUUUGGGAGUGAGGAGGAUGUGUCAGUACAGUGCAAUGCCUGUCAUAAGAUAGGCCACCGCGGUCCGGAUUGCUUCCGUAUGGAAAGUGUCAAUCACUUCAUGAACUGCUGUCUGGGCUUCCACCGAUUGGCUAUCAUGGAUGACCUGACAGGCAUGCAGCCAAUGAGAGUCUUCUCUCACCCUCAUGUUUGGCUUCUGUACAACGGCGAAAUUUACAAUUUCAGGCUGCUGCAGAGGCAAUUUGGUUUCCGGUACAGCACUGGCUGUGACGGGGAAUCCAUCAUCCAUCUUUACUGUCAUGGCGGGAUCGAAUUCGCUGCCCAACACCUGGACGGUGUGUUCGCCUUCAUUCUGUUGGAUACUGAAAAAAGGAAAGUUUUCAUUGGAAGGGACACCUUUGGUAUUCGUCCGUGUUUUACUCUCUCAACGGAGUCGGGGUUCUUGGCAAUCUGCUCAGAGGCCAAAGGCUUACAGGAAUUAGAACUGAAGACAAUUUCAUCGGGGUACAAGAUUUUACCCUUCCCACCAGGUCACGUGGACACCUACCAGCUCCUGGCCAAUGGAAAGACAGCGUUUGAAGAGAGGACUCGGUUCCACAAAAUUGGUCAAACGCCUCUGUACAAGACAGUCGUCAGUGCUAAAGGGGACAAAACGAAUUUGGAGAACAUAGCAGACUUGCUGGAAGCUGCCGUGCGGAAGAGACUGUUGUCAGAGCGCAGGAUCGGAUGUCUGCUCUCUGGUGGUUUGGACUCUAGCUUAGUGGCCGCAUUACUGGUAAAGAACGCCAGGGAGGCUGGGAUAUCUUACCCAAUACAGACGUUUUCCAUAGGUAUGGAAGGUAGUCCAGACCUAAUAGCCGCCAAGAAGGUUGCGUCUUAUUUGGGUACGGAGCACCACGAGGUUGUCAUGACACCGGAAGACGGCCUGAACGCUAUAGAGAAAGUGAUCUACCAUUUGGAGUCGUACGACAUCACGACAGUCAGGGCGUCUGUAGGUAUGUAUCUAGUUAGUAAGUACAUCAAAGAAAAGACGGACACCGUUGUGAUUUACUCCGGUGAAGGAUCAGACGAACUGGCGCAAGGAUACAUCUACUUUCACAAGAGUCCGUCGCCGGAAGACGGUGAUGCGGAGAGUCGGAGACUUCUGGAGGAUCUGUAUUACUUUGAUGUCUUGAGAGGGGACAAGAGCACUGCUGCUUGGGGGUUAGAGAUCCGCGUCCCAUUCCUGGAUCACCUGUUUACGUCGUACUACUUGUCACUUCCGGCGGAAGACAGGCAGCCUAAAAAUGGCAUCGAGAAGUACCUGCUGAGGUCAGCCUUCGCUAAAAAAGGGCUGAUUCCGAACGAGAUUCUAUGGCGCCCCAAAGAGGCGUUCAGCGAUGGCUUAUCAGCAACCAGCAAGCCGUGGUAUGAGAUGAUUCAGAACCAUCUGCAACAACAGGUGAACGAAGAAGACUUGGGGAACGCGGCGAACAAGUUCCCAGUGAAUCCACCCAAGACCAAGGAGGCGUUCUACUACCGUACUGUAUUUGAAAAACACUACCCUGGAGCCUCUAACUUUACCCCGUACUUCUGGAUGCCCCGGUGGAUAGAGGCGAGCGAUCCUUCUGCUAGGACCCUUAAACAUUACAAACAGUGA